UGAAGAGCCUGUGCACUGAGGUGGUUUCAUCAUUCUGUGCGUCAACAUAAUACAAUGUUCCAAUUCAGUCUGCAUCACAAGGAUAGUAUUUUGGACAUUUCCAUUUGGCAUUUGGAAAGGGUCUAUGCUACUUUAUGUUUACAAACGUAGCGGCCUUUAAUAUCCAUCAUUGUAGACGUUCUAGACAUUCUACUAGUUUGAAUUCAUCUCUCUUGUGCUGCAUUCUUACGACUACUACAUGAAAAUGAGUUUUAAGAUGAAGCGAACGAGGACUCUUCCUCCAAACUUGAGACGUCCGCUCGUCAUGCCCCACACCAGUAACAACAACAAUGCCGGCAAUAACAAUACUGCCCCGGCAAUUCCCGAAGACACGGUUUCCCUGUACACGUAUCGACUUCAUGUCGGGACGCAUCAGACUAUUGAACUCACUCUCCAGAAUCCACCUGCGUCACCCUCUAGUCAGAGACACAAAGACGACGGCAAGGAGGGGGCAGCACAGAUCGCCCACACCCCCUCAAGUCCUUCUCUCCACUCAAGUGGGGAGGGGUCAUCUGCCCACUCCCCUAUACUGUCCCCCAGUCUUAGUCGAAAGAUUAAUGUCCUCGGGGUUGCUGUCUUCAAAAAGCUGCUCCUUGAUCGUCUCAUUACUUCGAAACAAGAUGGCGAUGACGUUGGGGAAAGAGGACCAGGUGACGGGCGAGAAGCAGGCCAAGAAGAACUUCUCGAAAUCAACAGCGAUGAUGAAAAUGACCAGUCGUCAUCAACUCACGACAGUGGGACAAAUUCUGCUGAGCCUGUCUCCGAGCGUUCUCACACCCUUAUGUCAGACUCCAGUACUGAUGGCAGUGGAACUGGCGGGGGUGGAGGCAGCUCAGGCAGUCAUGGGUCUGUUCUUCUACCUUGGGGAGCUCGUAAAGAGAGGUCGCAGUUCCCAGCAACUGUUCAUGUUGACACGGACUUAAGACCUGGAGAGUUCGUUAUGCGCACGCUCUUCGCUGAAUACACUGUGAUGGCAGAAAGGAAAAUUGAAAUGGUUAUGCAGGAACCUCUUGAACGAAGUCUAUCGAAAAGCCUGCAGCGCGGAGAAGACGCAACAUUUGAUCAGUUACUGGUAGCCUUUGGUUGUGUGGCUGAGCACUGUCUUCCCUCAUUGCUGCGAACGCUUUUUGCUUGGUACGACAGGCAGGGGGUUGAGUGGGGCUCCACUGAUGCCAAAUAUAAAGAUCCCAGUAAAAGUAAAGGAGUGGAUGCUGGAUCAAAUGUAGAUCGAGAAUCCAUCCAGGAACGUCGUGAUCUUGCAGUUGAAUUCAUCUUCUGCUUGGUGUUGAUUGAAGUUCUUAGGCAGCUGGCAGUUCAUCCUGGUCAUGAUGACCUCGUAAAGCAUAUUGAAGACAUUGCUUUCAAACAUUUCAAGUAUCGAGAAGGCGUUCAGAAUAAUCCAAACGGUGCCAAUAUUAACACUAUCGCCGACCUGUAUGCUGAGGUGAUUGGCGUCUUGGCGCAGUCGCGAUUUCAGUCUGUCCGCCGGCGUUUCAUGGCUGAGCUGAAAGAACUAAGGGCCAGAGAGGCAUCAUCUGUAACCACACAGAGCAUCACCUCGCUCUUGAUGGGGAUGAAGUUCUUCAGAGUCAAGAUGGUUCCAAUUGAGGAGUUUGAAGCAUCAUUCCAGUUCAUGCAAGAAUGCGCUCAAUACUUUUUGGAAGUCCGUGAUAAAGACAUCAAGCAUGCGUUGGCUGGUCUCUUUGUAGAGAUAUUAGUUCCUGUUGCUGCUGCUGUAAAACAUGAGGUCAAUGUUCCUUGCCUUAAGUACUUUGUAGAAAUGCUUUACUCUACGACAUUAGAUAUGGCCACCAAAAACAAGCACAGGCUAUCCAUCUUUCCACUGGUGACCUGCUUGCUCUGCGUUUCACAAAAGACCUUCUUCCUGAGCAACUGGCAUUAUUUCCUUGCCAUGUGUCUGCAGCAUCUUAAGAACAGAGACCCCAAGAUGUCACGAGUAGCCCUAGAAUCUCUGUACAGGCUUCUCUGGGUGUACAUGAUACGCAUCAAGUGCGAAAGCAACUCUGCCACUCAUUCUCGUUUAGCAAGCAUCGUCAACUCCCUCUUCCCGAAAGGUUCCAAAGCUGUUGUUCCAAGGGACACGCCACUUAAUAUCUUUGUGAAGAUCAUUCAGUUUAUUGCACAGGAGAGAUUAGAUUUUGCCAUGCGAGAAAUAGUAUUCGAUCUCUUGUCGGUUGGACGCCAGAUAAAAAUAAUUAUGACACCAGAGCGCAUGUCUAUCGGCCUAAGAGCUUUCCUUGUAGUAGCAGACAGUCUGCAGCAGAAGGAAGGUGAACCGCCAAUGCCUCGCACUGUUGGUGUCCUCCCCUCUGGUAACACACUUCGAGUGAAGAAGACGUUCCUUAAUAAGAUGCUUACCGAGGAUACUGCAAGAAACAUCGGCAUUUCUGCUUACUAUCCUCUCGUUCGUAGGUCCUUUAACGACAUCCUCAAAGCUCUCGAUAGUCAAUUCGGCAGACCGUUAAUGAUGACCAACACACAAAAUGUCAACAAGGAACCAGACGAGAUGAUCACUGGAGAGCGAAAACCCAAAAUCGACCUCUUCCGAACAUGUGUGGCAGCUGUACCUAGGCUCAUACCAGAUGGGAUGUCUGGCAGAGAUUUAGUAGAUCUGCUCGGCCGACUCACAGUUCACAUGGACGAGGAACUACGAGCAUUAGCUUUCCAGAGUUUGCAGUCUCUUGUGUUGGACUUCCCCGAGUGGCGGCAUGACGUUGUCUAUGGAUUCAUCCAGUUCCUUGUGAAGGAAGUAGGAGACACAUCACCUCAGUUGUUGGACAAUGGCAUACGAAUGCUUCUCCAGCUCAUCACGGCUUGGAAGAACGCCCUGACCAACACAACCACGAUCAAUACUAAUGCCAACAAGCGCGAUCCAGGUGUUGGGGACCUCCAUCAUCUACACCUGCACCAGAGAGGCGACCAUAGUGAUGUCCUACACUUGGCUGAGGGCUUUGCCCUGGUUCUGUUGUGCAGCUGUCGUCAGGCACCAAGGAGAGUGGCUGUGGCCAUACUGCGAGAAGUAAAACUGCUUGCUAAGGCUUUGGGAGAAGACAGUCCCAUCAGUGAGCCUGUUAUAGAUGUCAUGGAUAGGUGGUGCGGACGUAUUGUGGAGAGCGUGAUGUCGUUACUUCCUCCUGGAGAGAGAUCGGCAGUGACAGCCACCACCAAUAUAGAUUUGCAGUGGUUAGCUGACAGAAGUUCAUCAGUCUGGACUGGAGGGUUUAUUGAGGACAGUAGCAUCAAAAGUGGAAGCGUGCAGCAUCUUGCCUGUGAAGAUGUGUGGGCUCUAGUCCUCUGUGGCUUUGUGUUACAUGGCCGUGUCUUCUCCUCUUGCCCGCAAGCCAUCAGUCAUGCCUGGCCUAUUGUGUAUACUCGUGCCAAUUCCCUUUAUUCCAUUGUUGAUCCUACACCACCCAAUGAUAAUAGAGCAUCACUCUUGCGCGGUUCUACUCAAGUCAAGAAACCUAUUAGUGAGAGGGACAUCUACAUGAAUCUCUGGCGUAAUUAUGUCGUUCUUGCGUGUCGCGUUGUGCCUGCGGUUACGAAAACGCCCAUCAUUAGAUGUGCUUCACCUGAUAUUAGUUUAGGAUCUUCUCCAGACAGUGGUGUUAGUGGAGAGAGAAGUGGUGAGCGUCCAAAUCCUGGAUAUUCAGUCUCGCCUCUCUGUUUAUACAAACUCUUGGUUCCUCUCCUGCGUUGCGAUAGCACUGACAUGCGUGAAGCUGUGACUCUUGCUCUGGGUAAAAUCAAUCACUUUGCUCUAAGUGAUCUGAUGGAAGAGUUGCUGCCUUACAUCCGGGAGAGCAUCGAUCGGAAGCAAGAGAACAUGCGUCGGCGUAGAAGGCGCGACGCUCUCCGCGUCACCCUCGUCAAGUUGUUCGAGAUGAUAGCUGAGCAGGGCACUUUUGCUCAGAGUGAUAGCGUGAUUGAUAGCGACACUGGAGCAUUGCAGAAUCGCUAUCUAGAAUACAUGGACGGAGCACGGCUCUACUUGGAGAGCGAACAGGAUAAAGAUAACACCUUCCUGCAGAUCAAGACUCAUUUCUGUCACUUUGUUCGAAAGCUGAUUGGGAGCUUUUCAUUGGAACAGAGGCAAACGUUGAUUCCGAGGACGUUACGAAAAGGGUUGUUUUACCUCUUUGCUUCAUGGAGUGGUGUGUUUGGGGCACCGUUUGGCUUUAAGAAUCCAGACUCCAGUAAUCGUCAGCCAUCAGAGUUUGAACUGUGUGCAUUACAUGCCUCGAGUGCUGUGCUCUGUUGCGGGCCUUCUUUCGACCCACAGCUCCUGGCUGAUGACGGCAAUAUUUACCAGUGGUUAGAUGCUCUCCUGGGAUCUCAUGAUGAAAAGAUAUACGAGCUGGCUCAAGAGACCAUCGUUCUAUUACUGGAAUUCAAUCCAGAUUCAGGAGCCGUGUUAGACUGGGUGGUAGACCGCUGUUACACUGCUACCCCUGAGGUAGCGGACGGAUGCUUCAAUGCUCUGGCGACCAUUUUCUCAGCUAGGGAAUAUCCCUGUGAUCAUUACACGGCCAUAAUGAACGUAACGUUACUUCACACUGGCUGUCCACGUGCCAAUAUCCACGAGACUGCUCUUCAGCUUUUGCAGGUGCUAGACAAACGGUUCUUCGGAGCUGUCACUCCUUUAGUUGGCGAUGCAGAAGAGCACAGAGAAUCUUCCACUCUUGAUGUCCUGUUGUCUUCGACAUACUCCCGUUCUCAACUCUACCUCUCGAAGCAGUUGGCACUUUUGCAUCCGGAGUUGACGAUGCCAAUGUUUUCUGAAAUUAGCUGCCGCUUGCAAACGGCACGAUGCUCCGUGCGUCAACUGCUGCUCCAUUAUUUGCUUCCGUGGCUGUAUAAUAUGGAACUGGUGGAUCCAAGUACGCCUCCAUCAACUUCAAAUACAGCACCUUAUUGUCAGUAUUAUUGCGAGAAUGGAAGGAAUUCUGGCCUAAGGCGUGAAGGCUGGGGCUCUGCUGAAGCUACAGAGAUGGUGCUAAACAACCUUUUUUACAUAACUGCUAAGUUUGGUGAUGAUCAUCCCAAAGAAGUUGAAGAAUUAUGGGCAGCACUGUGCACUUGCUGGCCGAACAACCUCAAAGUUAUCAUUCGUUAUUUAUUUAUCAUCACUGGGAUGGCUGCCGCUGAGUUGCUCGCAUACGCAAAGAGGGUAAUUGUUUUUGUUGGGCGUGCAAGGCCAGAACGCUUAGUUGAGGAGUUGAUGGCCGAAAUGGGGACAGUGGAGACGCUUAAUUGCGUUAUCGAGAGAACGGAAACUCCACCCUUCUUCAGGUUAACUUCCAUGAGAAAAACUUCCUCACAUGGCGAGGGAGGAGGCGUUGGAAGUGGGGGAGCUGCGCAAGAGCAGGCACCCUCAGAAAGGGGUACUUUGCACACAAAGCGACAUUCGGGGGACCAUCACGACCUACCUAGGGAGAGGUACUCCCCUUUAGUAUCAAGAGAACAACGUAGUGCUCCUGGGUCACUACGAAGUGUGUCUAGUGUAGGUUCGGGGGUUUCCAGUGUCAUUGCUGUGGACAGCUCUGCGGCAGCUUCUACAGCAGCAACGACAGCCAUUAAUGUGAAGUCACGUCCAAAUUCUUCCCUUGCUCCAAAUUCGUUGUCGUCAAAUUUGCAAGAGGAUGCAAAUUCUGCUGCGGAGAUCGUCCUGCCCCAGGAGGACAACUUCGCCGUGCUGCGAGCACAAAAUGCCAAUGCAAGUGGCGUGCCGGGUUUAACGGUGGCUGGCACGGCUACGGGUGUGGAUGAAGCCAGUGAGAGGUACGAGCCACCUCAGCCACAUCCGCUGCCGAUGCCAGAGUAUGGGGGCUACUUUGCUCCCUUGACUGAAUACCUACCCGACAGCUCCCAACCCAUUACUGCAUUUCAUAGAUGCAACCUAGCUGUGAUGUUAAUCUGUGAUGUUAUAGUGGCUGGUAUUGAUGUAGAUAGCCACAGUGUUGAUUGGUCCAUCCAUGUACCACUCAUGCUCCAUAUUAUAACGCUUGGUCUUGACCACUCUCGCCCUCUAGUCCACCAUCAUUGUAAGAUGUUGCUCGUCCAUUUAUUGACCGUUGUAGGAGAUCAUCGCGACCACCUAGGUGUUGCUAGGGUUCUUUUGAAUAACAAGACAACCAUGUUAGGCUAUGGGCUCAUUCCCAACAACAUUUUCACUCACAACAAGAACUUUACAGAAGAACCACCAACAGAUCCCCCUCCUCCCAUUGUAGCCGCUCCACCUGGAUUUGAAAAUCCCCCAGACAACAUAAGCGAUGGUGGCGGAUCCAUCGGCAAUUCAGACGACCACAUUUCAAACCCAGUCAUCAUCACGUCCGACGAUAACGCCGACACUGUGUCUGGGUCGUCUGCCACUGGUGCCGAACACGUGCCUCAGGAUGAUCUUCAGUAUAGCAUAAUGUCCCUGAUUGACUUCAUCGCAUCAAGCAAAAACCAGCCUCUGUGGACAUACGAAGAUAUAACUUCAAAGCAGUUCUCAAUUAGGAGUGCUGAGCAGCUGUCAAAUUUUGUACGCCAUGUAGUUAUGGUUUUCAGCAAUUCCUUACCUCACGCACACAUAGAAGAACGUUGGGCUCAAAUUGCUCUCCACCUAGCUUUAUCGUGCUCGUCAAGGCAUUAUGCUGGUCGUUCUCUCCAGGUUUUCCGUUCACUUCACGUGUCCAUGUCGUCGCGAAUGUUGAGCGACCUCCUGGGUCGAUUGGUGGAAACUGUUGCUGAGCAAGGUGAAGAUAUGCAAGGAUAUGUGACGGAACUUAUGCUGACUUUGGAGUCGGCUGUAGAUGCCCUCGACUCAGAUUUCAGGCCUAUAGAGUUUGUUAGAGAACUUUUCAAAUCAACACCAAACUUAAACAAUAAAGAUCGAAAGGGUCCUUUGGGGUAUGGCAUGAUGGGACACUUUUAUGGCGCAGGAUAUCCAACCCCAACUGCUGCUCCCCUUUCCCCUGGGGGUCACAUUCGAUCCACGUCGUAUUCGAUAUCGUACGGCCGGGGCAAACCAAUAGGGUCCCCCACAGCUGAUAUUAAAGUUGUUCAACCAGAAAUGAGGGGCAGGAGUGGAACAGACGUAGACAGUCGCAUGAGGCAACAGCAGCAACAACAGGCGAUGCAGCAGUCAAACAACUUGUCGCGAUCUCGGUCUGCGCAGUCGCUAAAGCAACUAGCCGACCAAAGUUCGGCUGAUGAUAAGAUGACUGUACUUGCACAGUUCUUCUGGAUAGCUGUGUCAAUGCUUGAGAGUGAUUAUGAGUAUGAGUUCAUCCUGGCUAUGCGAUUGUUGGACAAAGUCCUCGGACGCCUGCCUCUCGAUAGGCCAGAUUGCAGAGACAAGGUAGAAAAGCUACAGCAGCAGCUGAAGUGGAAAGAUUUUCCAGGAGUUCACGCUUUGCUUCUGAAGGGAUGCACCAGUGCCACCACCUAUGAGCCCACCAUAACAUUGCUCUCGAGAUUCACACAACUAACGGAUUUGCAGGUUGUCGACCCAAGUCAGAGUCGGGCAUUUGCCAUCAAUGUCAUUGCUCUGUUGCCCUACAUGUUGCAGAAUUACGAGGAUGCUAAUUCCCUUUGCAUACAGGCGGCUGAGAACAUUGCACAGGUUUGCAAUGAGAAGGGCAAGCAGUUGGAAAACUUAGCAACCGUGAUGACCCUGUACAGCCGCCGCAACUUCAGCAAGGAGAGCUUCCAGUGGACCAAGUGUGUGGUCAAGUAUCUGCAUGAUUCAUAUGCACAUCUGUCACUCAGCCUGAUGGCAUUCCUUGUUGAGGUUUUAGAAAAAGGACCAGCAUCUGUGCAGAACCCAAUCUUGAACAUCUUGCAUUGUAUGUUGCAUUACAUUGAUAUGAACACUGCUGCUGCACAACUUGUUAAUGGAGAUCUGCUAAGGGUUAUUGCCAGAUAUAUUGAGGGUUCUCACUGGAAGGAUGCCCUUCGAAUUUUGAAAAUGGCUGUCACCAGGUCGUCGUCUUUGGUUGUUCCCCCAGCGUCUUCUCACACCCAUUACUGGGAUCAUCACGUGUUCACUGAUGUUGAGCCACACUUCAAGAAAGAAUUACCUGGGCGUACCAUGGAAUUCACCUUCGAUGUCAGCCAGACUCCUAUUAUUGGUCGUCGUUACCUCAAGGGUUCUGGGAUGGUUGUGCUUCCUGCUCCUGCCAGCGCAGGGUCUUCAACAGUCAGCUCGGCUACUGGGGAGAGCCUGGCUGAUCGUGAACAGGAUCGUGUAAGUAGUGAUGCCAGUGGCAUUGGAAUUGAUCGAGCAGAAACGGCCUCUCCGAGACGCAGUGUUUCCCUUUCGGCUGCUGACACCAGUUACCUUGCCGGCUGGAAGAGACCUUGGCUUUCACAGGCUCGUGCGCGAGAGUGUUUGGUCAACCUUCUCAACACCUGUGGUCAGCGGGUUGGAUUGCCUAAGUCACCAUCGGGUGUUUGGGUAUCUGUACUAACUCAGCAUGACCUCCAUAAACAGGAAGGGAACAUCAACAAGGUCAUAUUCAGUCAAAGCUCUGAAUUGGAGAGGCAGUCAUCCAUGGCCUCAUCGACAGAAGAAGUCUCUGUGGCACCAGGCGACACUACUAACGAUCGCACCGCCGAUGACGUCACGUCGUCGGAGAAGCAGUUUGCCGUCUUCAAGGACUUUGACUUCCUCGAAUAUGAGUUGGAGAGUCAAGGGGAGGAGAGUGUUGACAACUUCAACCUGUGGGGUGUCCGACGACGGUCUCCCAGCAAUCUUGGAGAUGGGGAACCAUGUAGUCAUGUGGAGGAUACCCACAGUUCGGAACUUACGCCUUCUCAUGGCAAGAAACCCACACCCCCUGCAGACAAUGAGUGGUGGGAGGAGGAGGGUUCUGUCUUUCCAGUCGACGAUCCUUCUCUGGGGUCGACCGACAGAACGGCCAUUCCCAUCGCACGUCAUGCACAGCCUCUCGCUGUUGCUCAAACAGCAAUGCCACCGAAACUCACUCUUGACACCGAUGUGGCCCGCAGACCAGUAUCACCAACUAUGUCAGAUCACAGUGAGAGCAGUGACGGGGACCCGGGCGACAUGACACCGUGUAACGCAUCUCCAAGUAUAGCGGCUAUGUUAUUUCGACCCAUUCGCCAGCCUAAUGACCUGGAAGACAUGUGGCGCGCUCACCUGUUGUCUCUCAUGGCCGCCGAUGCUCCCAUCCUGCACCCCAGUCGAACUUGUACUCUAUACAGCACUGUCUUCACAGAAUCCGUUGUAAAGUUCAGCGAACUGGUCAGCGAAAGUGGCCAGUAUCUUCUUGACAACAAUGAAAUGAUGCACAGCUCAUCUGUUUUCCUUCAGCAAAUGGAGGCUGUAGCAUCAUUAGCCCCUCUAGCAUACAUUUACGUGGAUGCAGCGUUACUGGCAAGUACACAGUUGACUCAGAGAUUCCGCUCCACCUUCAUUGCCCUCCAUGAGCAUCUUGAUACCUAUUUGGAUAAGAGAGAUAGUGCUAUUGUCUGUCUGGAUGGUAUAAAGUCAACGCUGAAAUUGCAGAACCUUGGGGAAAGCCUUUCAGAAUUGUGCGCUGAUGAACAGCACAUUGAUCUGUGCCGCUGCUUGUAUAAACUCCACUUCCAGCUGUCCUUACUCUUCGACACUUACGUGAAGCUCAUUGUCGCCCUUCUCCAGGCUGCAAGGACUGCGCAGGCAAGUGAUUAUAGUUUGGAAGUAAGUACACUUCAAGGAAAGUUGGUGACUGCUGUUGAACAACUGGAUUCCACACCGCCAACGACACCAACUCGCAGUUCCCAGUCAUUGCCACCUGAACGAGAGUUGCCUGAGGGAGAAGAGGGUGAAUGUGAGAGUGUUGGUGGGGAGGAGAGUGAAGUUGGUAGCGCGUGCGAAAGCAGCGGUGGAGGUAGAACUGAGGGAGGUUCGCCUGUGAGCUCUUCGUCUUUGGGCUCUCAGUCGUUAGAUCUCCCCGUUGUUGUCCCAGGCUCACAGCCUGAGGCUGAGCUUCAGCUUCUGCAACUAGUGGCAGACCAGCGAUGGGUUGGUGCUUUGCAAUUUGUGCGUCAGCACAGAGUCCUGUGGCAGAGAGAGGGAUCAUCUCAUGCCCAUGAAGACAUUACUAUCAUCCUGAACACAUAUUGUACAUACUUGGCAGACAAAAAUCCAGGGAUGAUAGCUGUGUGCGGCACUGAAGCAGAACUCGUAGAAACAAGCUUCCGUCUGACGGAAGCCAACAUGGCUGCUCUCUCGGCUCUGCGCUUGAUCGAGCAGAUUCCCAAGCAGACCAGAGACAGCCUUGAUUCUGUGAUCCGUAAAACUGAGUGCUAGUGCUGAUUAUUUUUUCGUUUUGUAUCUUCAUAAGUGUUUUUAUUUGCAUAGAAUUAUAUAAUAUUGCGAAAACUGAGUACCUCUUUCAUCGUAUAGUGGUUUUAACUUUCUGAUUUUUUUGAACAGAGCACAAAGCAUUGAAAAUUUUUUCUGUAUGAAUGUCAUAAUUGAUUAUAAACUAUUAUUGGUUGAAGAGAUCUUGAAGUGAUAAGGUGAUGCAUAUGCAAACACGCAAGUUCAUAGCCAAUAGCUUUUUUUGUGCGUGUCAAGAUAUUUCUCCUGACGAAUAAGUCAUAGGGUUAUCCAUGCAGUCAGGAAGUUAUAGCUUUCAAAAUUUUUGGGUGAUCUAGGAAAUACUGAAUUUUUCUCUUCCAUAAGUGUAAUUUUCCUCUAAAUUUUGAUAGCAUGCUAAUUUAUUUAAAAAAGGAUAAGACACCUUAAAAUUUAUAAUUUUUUUCCAUAUGUACUCGUAAUGUAUAUUCACAUGCGUUUGAAGUUCUAGAUUCAAUAGUUUGCAUUCUGGUUGUGUUAUCCAUCCCAAAUCAUUGCUAGAGAAAUUCAGAGGCUUUUGAAAGUUAUUUCUUCUCCAGCUGGUAUGAAACUUUGAUACUUUGAAAGUGUGCACAAUGUUGAAUGUGCAGUUUUUGGGGUAACAAGCUUCCUGUGUAUGAAUCUCAUUAGGUGUGCUUUGCUGUAGUUUUUACUCCAAGUGAUGUAUUUUAUUUGUAAGCCUUUUACAAUACAAGCGUACAUAGUCUGUAUGUAGUACAUAUAAAAAGAAAGUGCUUCUCUAGAGAAUUAUAGGUAAUGCUAUAAUUGUGUUAAAUGUAGAUGGAAAACUGUAUUUAUAUAACUCUAAUCUUUCAGUGGCCACCAUUGUAAAAGCCAGUGAGGGAUUUACAUCUUUGCAGUUCUAAAAAAAAUAUUUGCAUGGUAAACACACACCCCCCACCCCGUAACUAAAGAGACUUACCAAAGUUGUUGGCAGGCUAACCAGGUAUGUAAUUUCUAAGCACAGCCACGCUGUGCAUCCAAAGCUUCAUGAGUAUCAUGACAUGCAGUAUUAUUCAAAGUGCCGUCAGCUAGUUUUUGUUUGUAGCUUGUAGUGUAUGAGAUCACUGAAAUAUUGAAUUCAUUUGAAUAGUACUUUCGCAGUAUCUUUGCUUGAAGGAUAAUGAACUUUGGUAGACCAAGAUUGAAAGGAGUAUAAUAAGAUAAUUUUAAAAGUACAUCCAUAUGUGUUUAGAAAUUAAAGAAAGUUGGUCUUCUUUUUAGAAGUGAAUAUCAUUAUUUUAUUUUUGUAAUCAAGGUAAUUUUAAUUUAUUUUUAGUAAGGCAGUAUUUAUGCUAAUUGAAGUUUGAGGGAAUAAACAUUGCAAGGUAUUUGAAAAGUGGAAAGCAAAUUUCAGAUUGGCCUAGGGCAUUAUAGAAACCAUUGUAAAAUUAUACAAAUGAUUUUACUUUGUCUUGGUUUGUGCAUUUAUCAAAGCAUAGUGUUAAAUUUUUCAGUUGUCAUGCUCUUCUCAGUGGUCUGAUUAAGUUAAUAGUAAUAACAGGAGGGUUGAAUGAUAAUGUUUUUCAACAGACUGACUGCGAGUUGUCAAGUGAUUGAUUUGAACCUUAUUGAAGUAUGGUGCUGUUGUGUGUAAUAUGCAUGAGUUUUGACAUUACAUGACAGGAGCUGUACAUUUGAAACUUGAAUAUUUCUUUGAAUGCAAUUUUGGAACUUAUCUUUUCUGAUAGAAGACUAGUGUCACUUGGGGAAAAUUUAGUUACUGUUUUCAGAUUUCCAAAGCCGUUAUUUUUGUGAUUGCUGAAGUUAGGUAAUAAUUGCAUGUCAUAAAAUUGUAUCUGCAAUGUGAGUAUAACCCCUUGCUUGGAUGUAUAAUUGUCCGUAUAUGAAAUCUUCCAGUAUAAAGUCUAAAUGGAAUGGUUUGUAGAUGUUACCUGCAUUCAUUCUUUUAACAGAGUGGUCUGCUGAAACAAAAGUAAGUGUGACAGGCUUUGAUGGCAUAUGGCCAAUAAAGAAAUGCAUAUGAAAAUUAAUGUAGUGAAUAUUAUUUCAUUCAACAAGUACUAUGAACGUAAAGGGUUAAGUGAGUAUCAUGACCCAACUACAUUUCUUUAGGCCACUUGUCUGUCAUUCAGAUAGAAUGCGCCAUUCUUUUCAGUUCCGUGUGUGAUUCAGGUGGGAUUUUAUCUAUUUUUUCAGAACCGAUUCAUAACUUGCUGUGCUAUAUAUAAAAUUUCCCCCCCCGAGAUGUUUACAUUAAAUGUUAAAUGGUGAGCAAAAUCACAGUCUGAUUUGCAGUUAUUUUGGUAAACUAAUACACUCACUGCUAAGGAAGAACAUUUAUCUCCAGCACAUUCCAGAAAUACAUUGCAGAAUGUGGAGGUAAUUCUAAUUGAAGUGUAUCUUUCAAAAUUAUUUUCAGCAUGAAAAUAUUUUGAUAAUUUUUCUUUUUGUUUUGUUGACCUUUUUUUUGUUUUAUCCAUUUGGUAGAAUUAUAUUUUCCAAUUACUGUAUUACCAUUGGACCGAGUUUUAAUGUGUACCUGUGAAACAAACUACUUUUGUUAUGAAUUAUACAUGUAUAAAGCAACUCAAAAUUCA